AUGCAGGAGGUUUUUACUCAGUUGAUUAUUUUUCCUGAUUUGGCUUCGUUGUUUAAUUAGUCUAUUAAGAGUUAGCUUUUUAGUUAGAGUUUUCAGAAUUCAUUUAUGAAGCUUUUUGUCCCAUUAAUAAAAUCAAUUAUGAUAAUAAUCUUUUGGAUGGAUGAAUAAUUAAUAAAAUUUCUAUAUUUUAGAUAUUAUUUUUUAUAAAAAAUAAUAACAAUAAAUUGGUUUCCUUUUUAUAUUAUAGAUAUUAGGAUUUUUGAUCAAAAAGAUAAAUAAAAAGAAGGUCUUCUAAUUUUUUUCUAGCUUUUGAGAACGAAUAAAUAAAAAAGAGGAGAUUAGUUUAUUCUACUUGACUUGAGAAAAUACAAAUUUUAACACUUUUAAAAUAAAAUAAAAAAUGAAAAUGAAGAAGUUAAAGAUAAUAAUGCACCUUAUUUGAAGAUAUACAUAUUUCUUUAUUAAAUAGAAUAAGUCAACUAUUUAAUGAUGAAAUAAAAUUCAAUCAUUUUAUAUUAGCAUAAAAAUGAUGAUGCAAUCAAUUAUUAGCUAAUAUAUUACCAUUACUAACUAUACCUACUUAGUGAUAUCUGGCAUUUCCUUUUUUACUUCUUCUUCUACUUUCUUUAAUUUCAUUUGCAAUCAUAUUAAUAAUAUUUAAUUCUUGUUUUCCCUCCUACUUGUCAAUACUCUCUAUGA